GAUCACCGACCUGCAGGAUGAGCACAGCAAGGAGCGCAGGAGCAAGAGCAGUCUCAGAACGAGUUCACGCGGGAACUUAAGCUCAAGUGUCUCAUCAUCGAGAACUUCAUCCCUCCCGAGGAGAAGACGAAACUGAUGAAGAGGGUUUUCUUCGAUGAGGAUGAAGAGCAGUGGAAACUGCAGCCGCUGAUUCGCUCGCAGGGGGAGCAGCAGAUGAUGCAGCGGCCUGCAUCAGCCGUCGGAUAUAAGAGACCCAUUUCCCAGCAUGCCCUGGACUCAUCAGUCAUCGUUCCAAACCCUCGUUACCGGGCGGUGAACGUGGCGUCGCUGGAGCUGGACCCCCCUCACCGCACGACGCGCGACUACGAGGGCCCGGCCGUGGCGGCAAGCGUGCAAGCCGCGCUGGACGCCGCGCUGCUGCAGGAGGCCGACAUCCACGUGGACGCCGGCGCCUCGUACGGCCUCGCCGACCUCGCCGGUGCCGCCACGGGCACCAGCGGCAGCGCUUCCUUGCGCAGGAGGGACCGGGCGAGGCCCAAAACGGCGAAGAAAUCUCCGUCUCCGAGCGGCCAUCCUCCCCCCUCGCAGCUUUACCCACAACCCCGGGGGCUCGUGCCCAAAUAAGGGCGUGCGUGCGGUCAAGUUAUGGGGUCAAGCACAGGCAGGGAGAGAAUAGAAAUUUGAC